AUGCCUCGCAAUGGCGCUCUCCAGGUCGCUGCGAAGCGUACCGCAUUUGGAGACGUCAGUAACACGGCAAAGAAUCUCGGCGCACUUCCCACCGACCUCGCAGGCAAGGGCAAGGCUAAGGCUGUUGAUCCCAGCUACAACAAGGAGAAUGCAGUCAAUGGCAAGGACGGAUUCGCUCGACCUGCCCAGCGGUCCGCUGCGCUGAACAACAAGGCUGUUCCCGCUAUAGCGGAGUGGAAGCAACCCAAACUCUCGGUCCGCAAUGAUGCGCAGCCCAAGCAGGUCGCGAAAAGGGCUUCGGUAGCCCACUUCGACGCCAGGCCCGCCAAGAGCAAGUACGUCGCUCAAGAUCCAAUCCUCGCCACGACCGAGUCUUCCAGCCGUCAGCCUCGUCACCACAAGUCCCAGCCUCAGCUUAAGAAGGAGCCUACUGCGCACGUCCUGAGGCGCACCCAGAGCAAGCUGUCUUCCACUGCACAACAAGCCACGGCUGUGGAGUCGUAUAAGCCAAUGGACGACGUGACCGAAGCUGCCUAUGAGGACGCUGUUGAACACAUCGGUGAUGAAAAGUACCACGGCCCAUACCACCGCCGUUCGGUCGAAUUGGCGGACGACGUCCGCCCGCUUGAGGUUGACUUCCAGGACGACAACGUCCCUGUCGACUCGGCCACGAAUUCCCUUCCCGAGUCGGCCGGCGCUCCCGUCCUGUCGGAGCCAGAGGAGUACUGGGACGAGGAGGAGGAGGAGGAGGAACUGUACGACGAUCAGGGAUACACAACUGCCCAUUCUUACCGGUCUCGGGGUGACCUUACUACUGGCGGUGCCACUACAGUACUUGCCCCCAAGGUCACCGAUAAGGUGCAACAAGAGCUGGACACGGCCCGGGCCAUUGUCGACAGUACCCGUACUCAAGAGGAGGUUGACGACGAGGUCUGGGAUGUCUGCAUGGUUGCAGAGUAUGGCGAUGAAAUCUUUGAGUACAUGAGGGAGCUCGAGAUGAAGAUGUUACCCGACCCCCACUACAUGGAUCACCAAGCCGAGAUCCAGUGGUCCAUGCGCUCAGUCCUGAUGGAUUGGCUUGUCCAAGUUCACCACCGUUUCAGCCUCUUGCCCGAGACGCUGUUCCUUACCGUCAACUACAUUGACCGCUUCCUGUCAUACAAGGUCGUCUCCAUCGGAAAGCUUCAACUUGUCGGUGCUACUGCUCUGCUUGUUGCUUCCAAGUACGAGGAGAUUAACUGCCCGUCGCUGCAAGAAAUUGUCUUCAUGGUGGACAACGGCUACAAGGUUGACGAGAUUUUGAAGGCUGAGCGAUUCAUGCUUAGCAUGUUAAGCUUUGAGCUUGGCUUUCCCGGUCCGAUGAGCUUCCUCCGAAGGGUCAGUAAGGCGGACGACUACGACCUUGAGACGCGUACACUGGCGAAGUAUUUCCUUGAGGUUACCAUCAUGGAUGAGCGUUUCGUCGCCAGCCCGCCCAGCUUCCUCGCUGCGGCGGCGCAUUGCUUAUCCCGCUUGAUUCUGAACAAGGGUGACUGGACUCCUGCCCAUGUCCAUUACUCUGGAUACACAUGGGGCCAGCUCAAGAACCUGGUCUCCAUGAUUUUGGAGUGCUGCCAUUCACCGCACAAGCACCACCUUGCAGUUUUCGAAAAGUACUCGGACAAGAGGUACAAGCGCGCGGCCGAGUACGUCCAGACGGAGCUCAAGAAGGGCUUUACUCUGCCAUACCGCCACUCCAUCGGCCGUGCCUCAGCCUUUGACUUUGGCGAUUUUGAUGGCAACGCUGCCUACGCCAAGGUGCCUGUCGAGCUCCAAGGCUAG